CACGACUCCUUCAACCACGAGUAUGCGAUCCUGGGUUUUCCCAACGUGGUUGGAGACUCGGAGCAAAGCUUUGUAGAGGGCUUGGACCAUUUUUGUUUUCUUUGACCCAGCAGAUGAAGGAAGCUUGAGUGGUAUCAUGGGGAGAAAUUUUUCGGAAAAAUAAAAUAAAAUAAAUAUUGACAAGAAUAAGAAUCAGUGUUUCCAGGAAUAGGAGAUGACGAUCUUAGCGGCCGCCCUACUGUGGAGGGGGAAAUUCGCUUCUCAAUCCCGCCCCACCGCGGGACACCUAGUGUCCUUCCUUCACCCGCUUGCCUCCCUUCCCUUCCUCACCCUCCUCCCUAGUUCACCCUUUACCGCUCCGCUCGCCACAUCUUGCAUGAGCCUCCCAGCACUUCUACUUCGCAACAUCCGCCCCUCGGUUCCCAGGAUCUCUCCCGGGCAGUUACGAACGAUGAUAAAACCUGCUGCGAGAGUAGCUACCCAGGCCAAAGAUGUUUGGUCAAUUGUCAACGAAGCAGCUGCGGCAGCCACGGCUUCAGGAAACACAAUUAUUAAUCUUGGCCAAGGCUUCUUUGGCUACAACCCGCCUCAAUUUAUCGUAAAUGCUGCGAAAGAAGCGCUGGAUAGGGUUGACUGUAACCAAUACUCUCCCACUCAGGGCCGCCUCCGCUUGCGCCAGGCUCUCUCGGAUGCCUACUCUCCAUUCUUUGGCCGUAAGCUCGAUCCUGCCACUGAAAUUGUUAUCACCACCGGUGCAAAUGAGGGCAUUUUGAGUGCCUUUAUGGGCUUCAUCGAGAAGGGUGACGAGGUGAUUGUCAUGGAGCCGUUCUACGAUCAGUAUGUUCCCAACAUUCGGAUGGCUGGUGGAAAGGUUGUCUACGUCCCGCUGCAUCCACCCGCGAAGGGGGACACGGAGGUUUGUUCGUCCAACGAUUGGACCUUGGAUUUGGCAGAGCUUGAGAGGGCUAUCACUGAGAAGACUAGGAUGGUGGUCAUCAAUAAUCCGCACAAUCCGAUCGGUAAAAUCUUUAGCAAGGAGGAGCUUAUGGGAAUUGGCGAAUUGUGUGUUAAGCAUAACAUCCUCAUUCUCAGCGAUGAAGUCUACGAUAGAUUAUUCUACGUCCCUUUCACUAGAACUGCAACCCUCACCCCGGAGAUUAGAGAUCUCACGAUCACAGUUGGGUCUGCUGGGAAGAACUUCUAUUGCACUGGUUGGAGGGUUGGCUGGUUAAUUGGGAGACCCGACCUCAUCAAAUAUUCCGCCGCUGCUCAUACUCGUAUCUGUUAUUCUUCCGUCUCUCCUCUUCAAGAAGCAGUAGCUAUCGGGCUCGAACAGGCUGACGAGGAGGGAUUCUGGGAGAGCUCCAAGCGCGAAAUGAAGGGCAAGAUGGACCGCUUCAAUGAAGUUUGGGACGAAUUAGGCCUUCCCUUCACCGAUCCCGAGGGUGGCUACUUUGUCCUGGUCAACAUGAGCAAGGUAAAAAUGCCUGAAGAUUACGAAUUUCCACCUCAUGUGUCUUCUCGACCGAGAGACUUUCAACUCUCCUGGUUCCUAAUCAAGGAGAUCGGGGUCGCUGCAAUCCCGCCCACUGAAUUCUACACCGAAGCCAACGAAAAGGAAGCAGAAAACUACCUCAGGUUCGCAGUCUGUAAAGAUGACGACGUCCUCGAAGCUGCAAAGGAGAAGUUGAGAAGGUUGAAAAAUUACAUGUAAAUCUUCCGGGUUGAUCUUAGAAUUCCAUGCACUUUUUUUCUUCCGGGUUUAGAUAUUUGGUGGGAGUCGAUUGGUUUUUUCAGUUACCUUUAGAAAAGCUAUGAUUCACGAUCCAUACAAAUAGCAAAUUCCAUGAAUUAAGAUUAACUUAGCAAUUUU